AUGCAUCCUGACGACCAGAUCUUCUCUGGAGCAUCGACACGGUCAUCAGGCGCUCUUCCAGAAUUCGGGCUUGCGAGCAUUGAUACUGAUACUACUACUUGGAACUCGCCGCGAACAGGUCCUGGAAUGGCCGCACAGUAUAACCCAGAUCGUCCGCCGCCAGGCGUACCAGAAGAACGACCCGUACCUAUAGAGGGCCAGCCAUCUGACGACAGUACUACGUCAAACAAGGCACAAGGUGCGCUCGGUCACCCUCAUCUCGGAUCACUCAGGUCACGAAAUCGCAAACCAAGUGAUGCCUCCGCUGGAGGUCCUCCCAAGCUAGAGUUCGACUUCUCACAAGACGACGAAAGAGCCACACCCUCACGUCGACCAUCGCAUCAAGGCCAAUGGCAGAUGCAACGAUACGGUCCCCCAGGACCACCAAGUGACUAUGGCUGGGAAGAUGACCGCGGCGGCUACCCUCGCCCUCCACACGACUACGGUAGGCCAAUGCGAGCAGGGCCAUCGUACGCAGACUACUGGGGCGAAGACCCUUACUACAACACUAGCCGCCCCUACCGCAGACCUUCGACGAUCCGGGAGUCAGCGGAGUGGACUGGGUCGGCGCAUGGUGGUGGUCCACCAGGUCCUCCGCCUCGUCGCAGGUAUCGUAACUAUGAUUCUGGGAGUGAUGGCGAGAGUGAUGAGCUGCCGUUGAGGAAGCCUCGUAGGAGGAGGACGGAGCGUAGUCAGCGCAGUCGUGCUAGUCCGCCGCCGGAGGUGAUCUAUAGGCUUCCGUUUACUACUUGGAUGAACAAUGCGGCCAAAGCUCACUUCGUCGCGACGAUUGGCGAGUUUAUGGGCACGACCAUGUUCUUGUUCUUCGCCUUUGCUGGUACUCAGGUCGCCAACAUUGGUGCGGGUGCUCGUACCGAUCAGUCGACUACCAACGCUUCCACUGGUUUCAGCCCGAUUGUGCUUCUCUACAUUGCAUUGUCGUUUGGAUUCAGUUUGAUGGUCAAUGUCUGGAUCUUUUUCCGUAUCUCGGGUGGCCUCUUCAACCCAGCCGUGACCAUCGCAAUGGUCAUGGUCAAAGGUGUCAGCGUCGUGCGAGGGUUCCUAUUGAUAGGCGCGCAGUUAGUCGGCGCGAUCUUCAGCUCCUUCCUCGUGUCGGUCUUGUUCCCGACCACGUUCAAUGUCCGGACGACGUUGUCUGAAGGAACAUCGAUAGCACGUGGUGUCUUCAUUGAAGCCGUUCUGACUGGCGAGCUGGUCUUCACCAUCUACAUGCUUGCCAACGAAAAGCACAAAGCAACCUUCAUGGCACCGAUCGGUAUCGGCAUGGCACUGUUUGUCGCUGAAAUGGUCGGAGUAUACUACACUGGUGGCAGCUUGAACCCGGCCCGUUCGUUCGGGCCAUGUGUCAUCUCCGGCGUCUGGGACAAUGAGCAUUGGAUCUACUGGGUCGGCCCAACUUCUGGUGCGAUUCUCGCAUGGGGCUUUUACCGCUUCAUCAAGAUGCUCGAGUACGAGAUGGCCAACCCAGGUCAAGAGGCGUCUAGUAGCGAGGAGGCGGCGGAAGAGGCUGAAGAAUUGACACCGCAGAAGCAGGCGAUGCGAGAGAAGGAAGAGGUGUGA